AUGUCUUUCCAACUCCAUUGCCGCGACCACGACUUAACAUUUGGAGAUCACUCUAGCGCACUCAAGCACCUCAUGAAAGAGCAGCACGACGGAGGACACGAUGGUCGUAUUCAUGCAGCUCGAACGAUGCUGAGUGCUAAAGAACCCUUAUGGUGGAUCUGCAAUAACUGUGAUCCCAGCCAGUGGGAGUAUGGUGCUUGGAAAAUGUGGCAGCAUCUCCAGGAAUGCCACCAAGAGAUCGUCGAAUGUUUCAGCAUGCCUGACUCAGAAGGAGGUUCUACUCAAGCCGAGUAUGUCCAGAGUUCUGGACCCUGA